AUGUGCCGGCCCCCACACGAGGAUCCCGAAUACCAACGGCAACUCGUCGGAUCCUAUAGACAAGGACUGCUCUCCACUAUGCAGAAUGGGUCAGCGAGGCCUAUAAGCAUUCCCUUAUCGCAUUCCUGGUCUAAUUCACACUCACCGAAACACAUGAGGCUAUCGGGUGUAAGCGGUUCACCGGGAAGCCCCGGACGACGACCGCGCUCCGACAACAAGAAAUGCCGUAAAGUGUACGGUAUGGAUCAACGUGACCUCUGGUGUACGCAGUGUAAAUGGAAGAAGGCUUGCACACGCUUCGGCGACUAG